CCUGCUCUGGGCUCCGGCAGCCACCUUGAACCAGGCCACAGGACGGAGGGUUCAGAGGCCACACUUGAGGCCCAGGCGGAGCCCAGGUGGGCCAGAGGGGGAAGAUGGCCGAUGGAGGCAGUGGCUUCAGCUCCAGGACAUCCACAGAAGACCAGUACAAUGAUGACAGACUUGUCUAUGAGACUCUAUUCAAACAUUUCAAAAGACACAAGGUGGAGAUUUCAAAUGCAAUAAAAAAGCCAUUUCCUUUCUUUGAGUGCCUCCGGGACCGUGAACUCAUCAGCAAUAAAAUGUAUGAUGAUUGUCAAGAUUCUUGUAGAAACCUGGUCCCUGUACCAAGAGUGGCGUAUAAUGUUCUCAAUGAACUGGAGAAGACAUUUGACCUGCCACUUCUGGAAGCAUUGUUCAGCGAGGUCAACAGGCAAGAAUACCCUAAUUUAAAUCACAUUUACAAGAGCUUCGAAUUUGCGAUCCAAGAGAAAAUUAAUUACCAAGAAAGUGAUGAAGAAGAGGUGGACAACAGUCCUAAUACCCAACUGAGCAUUGAACAAGGAACUGGUGAAAACUCUUAUCGAAGCCUGACCUCGUCAUGCCCCCAAUCCUCAUCUUACCACGGUACAACCCCAUCCGAAAAUGGGCCCUUGGAGAACCUCUGUGAACCAGAGCAGAUAAAUGGAAACAGAACAGAUAUAACCAGUGACAAAAAUGAUGCACAAGAAGUCCAACAAGCAAAUGAGGAGUAUGCCCAAGAAUCUGAGCCAGCAGAGUCCUGUGAACAAGAACCAAUCCAAGUGAAUAACGGAGACACAAGAGAAGACACACCCAUCCCAUUGCCCUGUGAUGGAAAAAGCUCACCGCUAUCCAACCAUGGAAUCCAAGUCAAUUCCUGUUCUGUGCGUCUGGUGGAUAUAAAGAAGGAAAAGCCAUUUUCCAGCUCGACACUUAACCAGGCAUCUGCCAUAAUAGUGAUCAGCAGUGACUCAGAGGAAACCAGUGAUGAAGACAAGGCCCCAGAAGACUCCAUGUCAACACUGGAAAGUGGACCCGUGACCAAUAAUCUUGACUCAUUAGAAUCAAGUGAGAGAGGAGACUCCCAAGAAGCUACCUGCUCACGACUUCAGAUUACGCUGGCGAAAAGAUUUGUUGAGUAUUUGGAAUCCAGUGAGGAUGAGGGGCCUCCAAGAGCCUCGUGCUUAGUACUGAGAAGUGAUACUGAUGAGGAGGAUCCUGUGGAUAUUGGAAACAAAUCUAUUUGGGGGAUAUGCAAGAGAAAAAGAUACUCCCUGGAUAAGCAAGGGAACUGGAAGAGGAAGUGUGUUCCAACAAGUGGAGAGGGGAUCAGCAGUGCUAACUGUUCAGAAUUAAGUGAUACAGAAGAACCUCAGGAAUCUUCUAGCUCAGUCCUAAGAAGUGGGUCAGGAGCAGAGCCACAAGGACUUGGAAGUGCAAAGUGUUCCUGUGUCAUGUGUUUUUCAGAAGGUAUUUCAAGAGACCAAGGAGCAAGGACUGAGAGUAGCCAAUCAUCUGACAUAAUGGAUACCGUGGAUAUUGGAAACAAUUCUACUUCGGGAAAACACAAUGAGAAAAUAAGAAGAAAGAGAAGACAUAUACAUAAAAAAAGCAAUCUCCAAAAAGUGAGAAGGAGAGGCAGACAUAGAAUCCAAACUCUGAUUAACAGAGCCCUAUGGAACAGAGGCAAACGAAAAGGGAGAAAACCAGUCAUCACCAGGUCUUUGAAAAGAGGCAGAAAAAGAGGUCCAAGAAUUCCCAGAGAUACACGUAUAAAUUUUUACCUUCCGGAACUUCCUGUGACCUGUGGAGAGGCAAAGGGGACUUUAUAUAGGGAGAAAAUGAUACAAGGAACCUCAGAGAAGUGUAUAAAGAGUGUGGAUGGAAGGUGGUUCACCCUCAGGGAAUUUGAAGUUGAAGGAAACCACUCACGAUCCAAGAACUGGAAGAUGAGUGUGAGAUGUGGUGGAUUCCCCCUGAAAGACCUGAUUAAGAAAAAAUAUCUACCAGAGCCACCAAGAAGAAGAAGAAGAAAACAGACAGUACCAGAGCCUAGCAGGAGUGACUUUUUUGACCCUUAUCCGGGAAACUCAAAUAUAUGUGAGGUGUGCCGUCGACCUGGAAAGCUGUUCUGCUGUGAUACUUGUCCAAAGUCCUUUCAUGAGACAUGCCACAUCCACCAUAUAGAUGUUAACAGGGACCCAUGGAGUUGCAUCUUCUGCAUGAUAAAGGCUCUUCAACCAAGUUACCCACAAAGCCAACAAUGUCACCAGAUAUCUGAGGUCUUACAGAGGCGUAUGGUGCCUGAGGAACAGUUGAAAUGUGAAUUUGUCCUCUUGAAGGUCUACUGCUGUUCAAAAAGCCCCUUUUUUGCCUCAAGACCACAUUAUAGUAACAAUGCAUCUCAUGGCCAAACAAAACCCAUGUGGUUAAACAAAAUCAAGAAAAAGCUGAAUAAGAAACUGUACCUCCAAGUGAAGGGGUUCGUGGAGGACAUGUGUCUCAUCUUUCAAAACUACAGGGCUUUUUACAAGGACAACCAGAAAUUCAUCAAGCUUGGACUUGAGCUAGAGGCCAUAUUUAUGAAGACUUUUGGAAACAUUUUUGCAAUUCAGGAAAUAAGAGAGAACAGUUUUCAGUUGGAGCCCACUCUUUCAUAAAGUAGCUCACCCCUCACCCCCCAACAGUUUUUUUUUUUUAUGCUCACAGAUC